AUGUCGAACUCUGUUCCCAACAUUCAGCAUGGCCAAUUCGAAACACGCUAUGUCCAAAUGGUUGUUCAGUCCGACGAAAUAACAUGGGAAAUUAACGCCCUUGCAAGUGCUUCACAUUGGAUUUUGCUAGCGGGCUAUCUGGUGGUACCGGGGACAUUCACUUCAUUGAAGAAGUCCGAGGAUUUCGGGAAGACUUUGAAAGGCAGUGCGGCAGGAAACGCUGUCCUCAAUGCUAUACAGAAUCCCCCGCUACUCACAACAGCCUGUUUCCUCUUCGUUAUUGGGCUAUGUAUUAUGAUCUUUCUGGGAUGGAAGUUCAGAGAGAACUAUAUCUGGCUAAUGAAUAGACUUCUAAUACCAACUCUUCUCAACGCACUGGCCGGUCUAUUGACUACCAUCAUAAACAUCUGUACAGCAAAUGGAGGAGAUGUUUCUAUUAUGGCACUUUUGACUAUUCUUGCCUCAAGCAUCUCGGUCCUAAUCUCGAUCAUACUGGCAGUAUUCUGUUUCCGAAGAUUGCAGGUCAUAAAAAGGGACCACUAUGCAGAGUUGAGAUUACAUAAUAUGUCCAUUAGCUCGGGGGUGAAUGGUUGA